AUGUGUGCUCGACCCGAAAGACUGUAUCGGCCGAUCGGACAUAACUUUCCUUCUGUUGCAGACUCGAGGUACUUAACCUCAUUCUUACUUCUAACCACGCAUCUUCUGACACGUUAUCCUCAACUAAUGACGAACGCCCCUCGAACUCUCUACGAUAAAAUCUGGGACGACCAUGUCGUCGACGUCCAGGACGACGGCCUCGCUCUCCUCUACAUCGAUCGGCACCUGGUGCACGAGGUCACCAGCCCGCAAGCUUUCGAGGGCUUGAGGAAUGCGGGGCGACCUGUGCGGCGACCAGACUGCACGCUGGCUACGGUCGAUCACAACAUCCCGACUGUGUCACGCAAGAACUUUGUCUCUGUUUCGUCGUUCAUCGAAGAGCCCGACUCGCGUGCCCAAUGUGCUGCCUUGGAGGACAACAUCAAGGAGUUUGGAUUGACCUAUUUCGGUAUGACCGACAAGCGACAGGGCAUCGUUCACGUUAUCGGCCCCGAACAAGGAUUCACUCUCCCCGGUAUCACCUGCGUUUGUGGCGACUCUCACACGUCUACACACGGAGCAUUUGGGUCUCUCGCGUUUGGCAUCGGCACGUCCGAAGUAGAGCACGUGCUCGCAACACAGACGUUGCUGCAGAAGAAAGCAAAGAACAUGCGUAUCACGGUCGACGGAGAACUGCUCGACGGGGUUAACUCGAAGGAUGUUAUUUUAUACAUCAUCGGUCAGAUUGGCACAGCCGGAGGGACAGGAUGUGUGAUCGAGUUCGCUGGCUCUGUCUUCCGCAACUUCUCCAUGGAGGCAAGGAUGAGCGUGUGCAACAUGAGUAUUGAAGGUGGUGCCCGGGCUGGCAUGGUUGCACCGGACGAGAUCACGUUUGAGUAUCUCCGCAACCGACCGCUUGCACCGAAGGGAGAGGCCUGGGAUCGCGCAGAGGCUUACUGGCGAACGUUGAAGACCGACGACGGCGCAAAAUUCGAUAUCGAGGUCAACAUUGCUGCGGCGGACAUUAUCCCGACCGUGACUUGGGGCACUUCGCCCGAGGACACUGUGCCCAUCACAGGCUCUGUUCCCGACCCAUCGACCUUUGCUGAUCCCGUAAAACGCUCCUCUGUCGAGCGCUCCUUGGCCUACAUGGGGCUCAAACCUAACACGCCCAUCGAGCAAAUCACAGUCGACAAGGUGUUCAUCGGGUCGUGCACCAACAGUCGCAUCGAGGAUUUGCGUUCCGCCGCCAAGAUCGUGCUUGCCGCUGGGCCGGAUGCCAAAGUUGCUGCGAAUGUCGAUGCGAUGGUCGUUCCCGGGUCUGGACUCAUCAAGAAACAGGCUGAGGCGGAAGGUCUCGAUGCCAUCUUCAAACGUGCUGGCUUCGAUUGGCGCGAAGCUGGCUGCUCGAUGUGUCUUGGCAUGAACCCUGAUCAGCUCUCCCCCGGCCAGCGGUGUGCAUCUACAAGCAACCGCAACUUCGAGGGUCGCCAGGGAUCAGGCGGUCGCACUCAUCUGUUGAGCCCGGCCAUGGCAGCCGCUGCCGCCAUGACCGGCAAGCUCACUGACGUCCGGAAAUUUGUCGGAGCCAACAUCGAGUCGGCCCCCAAACUCAAGGUGAUGAGUGCCUCUGAAUUCUUGGAUGAUCCCGUUCUUCCUCCUCCGGAGCCGCAAGUUUCAGCUGCCCCCCAAACGCCAGGGAAAUUGCCACCCAGUGAGGCCCCGUCCACUGUCCAGAAGUUCACCACUGUCAAAGGCAUCGCCGCUCCCAUGUACAUCGAAAACGUCGACACCGACAUGAUCAUCCCGAAGCAGUUUUUGAAGACCUUGAAGCGCACAGGUCUCGCCGACGCCUUGUUCUUUACAUUGCGCAAGGACCCGCACACAGGCAAGGACACGGACUUCGUUCUCAACCGGGCCCCGUACAACAAGGCCAAGAUCCUCGUUUCGACUGGCAAGAAUUUCGGAUGCGGCAGUUCGCGGGAACACGCGCCUUGGAGUUUAAACGAUUUUGGCAUACGAUGUGUUAUUGCGCCGAGUUUCGCCGAUAUCUUCAAAAACAAUACGAUGCAGAAUGGCAUGUUGCCUGUCGCCAUCUCUCAAGAAGAGUGCAAAGCAUUGGCGGAAGAUGCCGAGGCCGGGCUGGAGCUCGAGGUUGAUCUCGAAAAACAAGAGGUCCGCCGUCCAAACGGGCAAGCUGCCAUCCCUUUCACGAUCGAUCCGUUCCGCCGCCACUGUCUUUUGAACGGUCUCGAUGACAUCGCUCUGACUAUGCAGCGGGCGGAGACCAUCACCACCUUUGAGAAGCGCAGAAGCGAGAUUUGGCCGUGGUUGGACGGAUUUGGUUUCAAGGGCGCUCGGAUACCAGUGGCGUUGACGAAAACGGCCAAAUCGACGAUGGAUUGGUGAAGACGUAUUCCACUUACAUGCUGUUGUUGAAAUGUCAAAUGUAUACUGGUUCUGGACACAGUACUCGCGAUACAUGCACCAGUUUCACUCCAACACCCAUCCACAACCAGACACAAAUACAGGCAUGGUCCGUGCGCAUAAUAGUAGUCAUUGUGAUCAAUCUUCGUCGCGGUGCCGAUGCCCAUAUCGACGAGUCACGCUUUAGAUCCGCCAUGGGGUGCGGAUAUUCGCAUUCACCGACAGUGGGCUGAUGGUACAGCAGAUAGAGAGAGCAAGACAGUGAUACAAACGAC